ACCACGCAACGGCGCGCCCCCCAAAAAGAAAAAAAAAAGGAAAAAAAAAAAAACACGUUUGGAUCGUGAAUGUAUCCUUUGUUUAAGAUUCCUUAGCUGGGUAUUGCAUCAGGCUACAGCUAAAAGAAGAUUCUUCAACGGAAUGAUAGACUAGUAUCCAGUUCAGCAGGGCCAUCCAAGAAUCUCUUACCCUCUCUCCAAUCUUCAAGGGGAGCAUUGUAGGACCGAAUUAUCUGGUCAUCACGACAUGGAGAGUGUUGGGUCCUCCUCCUUUAUGAUGCUAUAGAUAACAGCAGCGGAUUCCGAGAGCCCGGCGUGGAGAUUCCGGGCUCUGCUUGUUCCGGUGUUUCGGUUCUUGACUUUGGCUUGUUGGGUCUCCCCGGAAAGUGGUUUCCCAGAUUAAUCUCACUUGCGUCUGGUUUCGCUAGCUUUUCCAACAGGAGUUUCAAGGAACACCAGUCACCUUAGUUUUUCUAACAGAGGAAAUUAUUUCCAGGGGCAAGCGAGGUCUUUAACAAUGUAUCUGGUGGAGAGUAAAGGAGGCGCGAUCGGGUGCAUGUUGCUCUCCCUCUUCUUCUUGGGCACAUGGCCUGCUCUAUUAACACUUCUCGAAAGGCGAGGCCGCCUUCCACAGCACACUUACCUUGAUUACACGAUCACCAAUCUCUUGGCAGCUGUGAUUAUUGCUUUCACCUUUGGCGAGAUCCGUGCAGGAACUCCAGAGGCACCGAAUUUCUUGCAGCAACUUUCUCAGGAUAAUUGGUCAUCGGUUCUAUUUGCAAUGGCGGGUGGCAUUGUUCUUAGCCUUGGAAAUCUUGCAACCCAGUAUGCAUGGGCUUUCGUUGGUUUGUCGGUAGUAGAAGUCGUCACUUGCAGCAUAACAGUCGUUAUAGGCACGACCAUGAAUUACUUUCUGGACGACAGAAUAAACAAAGCGGAGAUUCUUUUCCCAGGAGUUGGUUGCUUCCUGAUUGCAGUUUGUCUUGGCUCUGCUGUUCACGCGUCAAAUGCUGCCGAUAAUAGAAGAAAGCUGAACAAUCUUCCUGGCAAAGUGGACGCCAGGGCUAAUAGUGCAGAUAAUGGCACGACUGCGAAUGAAGCAGGGCCAAAAGAUGUAGAAAAUGGGAAUGGAUUCAAAGAUAAGGCAAAAGUAGGGACUGCUGAUUUUCUGGUCGAAGUAGAGAACAGAAGAUCUAUCAAGGUGUUUGGAAGAAGUGCUGUACUCGGACUGACCAUAACUUUCUUUGCUGGAUUUUGCUUCUCUCUUUUCUCACCGGCAUUUAAUUUGGCGACAAAUGACCAGUGGCACACGCUGAAGGAAGGGGUUCCUCACUUGUCUGUAUAUACAGCAUUCUUCUACUUCUCUGUAUCGUGCUUUGUCUUGGCCAUCAUUCUAAAUAUCAGCUUCCUUUACCGGCCGGUGCUCAAUCUACCCAAAACAUCAUUCAAGGCUUAUUUGAACGAUUGGAAUGGCAGAGGAUGGGCUCUGUUGGCGGGGUUUUUGUGUGGAUUUGGGAAUGGUCUGCAAUUUAUGGGUGGUCAAGCCGCAGGCUAUGCGGCAGCAGAUGCUGUUCAGGCGCUUCCACUUGUAAGCACCUUCUGGGGCGUAGUCAUUUUUGGAGAAUACCGCAGAUCAUCAAGGAGAACCUAUGUUUUACUUUUCGGUAUGCUGUUUAUGUUCAUUGCGGCUGUUGGAGUCCUAAUGGCUUCAUCGGGGCACCGUAAAUGAGCCCCGCUGCUGCAUUGCCCUAGUAAACAGAGUUUCGAUGGUCAUAUGUAAUGACAAGGCUGGAUGUAGCAAUUGAAAGAAAGCCAAAAGCAGUUAGUAAUGAGUCAAAUCACUUGUUGAUUGGUCUGGGUAAGAGGCCGGGUUGAAAAGAAACUGCUAGUAGAUACCAGGACAGGGGCUUGAUCCAUAUUGAGCGCCAAGGGGAAUUGAAUGUCCAAAACAUAAAACUAAACUUCUUCUGUGGACGGACCUGACGCGGAUUUCAUUCGUCGUCGACCUUCAGUUCAUUUCUUUUGCUUUGUAACACCUUUAGAUUAGUAGUGCUUUGAAUAUCUUUCUCUUGGUCAUGUAAGUUAAAUCAAAUGUAUCUAGAUUGCUUUCAAUAGUUGUAUAUACUGCAAGUCUGCAACUUGGUGAAAGAAGAAAAGUCGACAGUGGGAAUCCGGGGAGCUGAGAUUUCUGUUUCCACUGUUUAGUAUA